AUGGUCAGAGCAGAGAGUGACGUCCACAUGGUCAGAGCAGAGAGUGACGUCCACAUGGUCAGAGCAGAGAGUGACGUCCACAUGGUCAGAGCAGAGAGUGACGUCCACAUGGUCAGAGCAGAGAGUGACGUCCACAUGGUCAGAGCAGAGAGUGACGUCCACAUGGUCAGAGCAGAGAGUGACGUCCACAUGGUCAGAGCAGAGAGUGACGUCCACAUGGUCAGAGCAGAGAGUGACGUCCACAUGGUCAGAGCAGAGAGUGACGUCCACAUGGUCAGAGCAGAGAGUGACGUCCACAUGGUCAGAGCAGAGAGUGACGUCCACAUGGUCAGAGCAGAGAGUGACGUCCACAUGGUCAGAGCAGAGAAUGACGUCCACAUGGUCAGAGCAGAGAGUGACGUCCACAUGGUCAGAGCAGAGUGA